AUUAUUCUAAAACAAAUAAAUUAUAAUUAUUACAACGAGAUCGAUUUAUUCAAACUUUACAUUAUCUUAUUUUCACAUCAUUCUCACUCACCCAUUUUCAACUCUCAAACUACACCGCACUACUCUCAACCAUUGAAUGCAUAAAGAACCAAUCUAUUUUCAGAAACUCGCCCUUGAAUUAUUCCAACUUCGAAUCUUAUCGUUUCAUUUCCAACGACCAGGUCUCCAUACCAGAAAGGAACCAAGAAAGAAAGAGAGAGAGAGAGAGAGCGAGCGAGCAAGACGGAUAGAGAAAGAGAGAGAAAGAGGCUCCUCCGAAAGAUCCGCGAUAAUCCCGCAACGAUUCCCCCGCGUUGAGGACACGGAGAGCACGACGUGUCUCACGGCGAACCGUGUAUCGCGUGUGUUGCCUAAUGGUGGAAGGAAACGUUAUCCAGAGGCGGGCAAUGGACGGGCAUUACUGUACGGCGUACCCUGGUAGGGCCGAGAGAAGUCAGCCUCCGGGAUAUGGACUCGUACUCAGUCUUCGAACUGGCCUCGUACCGCGCUCUAUGCAGCGUGUCACACACAGCCCUGUGAACAGCGGCAGCUUAGUUGUUAACAACACCGCGUGUUACUCCGCAUCUUCGUCGAGUCUUCUCUCGUCCACUACUGGACCUAUUGCGCUCGUCACACCGUCUCGUCGUUCACCGGUUUCUCGACCGGCUCUUCGCACUCCGCGAGACUUAUUUUCGUAUCGCAGCUUCCGGAAAUCGCGUGGAAUUCUCGCGUGGAAAUUCGCCUCUCUCUCUCUCUCUCUCUACGGAUUUUUACAUUUACGUGAAAUCACACUCUCAGUUUCUAGUGGAUCUCCGGCAGUUAUAUCGUUUGAUCAAUUUCGAAAAGAAAGGAAAAUAUUGGAAAAGUCUCGAUCGAUAUCAACGGGAUCUCUCUUUUGAUCAUCCGAGGCGAGGAAGAAAGAGCCGCAACGACGUCGACAAGUGGAUUUGCCGGAAACGAGUCUUCGACGCGGAGGAUGACACAAAAGUAGAGCGAAGCUAGGAAAAAGAAGGCAAGACUAUGGAUCUUCUUCUCUUGAUCGGAUUGCUACUCUUUAUAUCAGGAGUUCUCGGGGAUUGUCCCUUGGUGCAGGCGCCUCAAUGGGGAAGAGUGAGGGAACGAGUCCUUAAAGAUGGUACUUUGCAGACCGUGUACUCGUGUGAACCAGGCCGUAGAUUGAAGGGUCAUAAAAUACUGACUUGCACCGCGGACGGUUGGAAUCAUCCCAUCCCGAAAUGCGUGCCUCACGACAACAGAUUCCGACACUUUCCCACCGACGUGUAUCUCGGCGAUGAUCCAAUUUCGGCGGCUGGCGAGGAGAGGGCGGCUAGGGAUCGGGUGAGGGCGCGCAAGAGGAUCGGCGAGCUGAAGAAGCGGAGGAAGGCGAAGGAGAGGAGGCAGAGGAUGAGGCACGGGGGCGAGAAGUCGGCGGUCGAACCGCCGCCUCCGGCUCUGCCGCGCGCUGCAUUGAAUGAAACAAUAAUGUCGAGGCUGGAUCUGAGCUGCAUCAUGAAAGCUCGGAGGAAAGGAUUUACCAAAGCACCCCCGGUCGAAAACGCGUAUCCCGCCAAGUAUGCCAGAAGGAAGAGCGUGCUACCGCCGUACAAUCGAUACCUGGUCGCAGUUUACGAGUGCACCGAGGGAUACGUUUUCGAGGACUCGACGACCGAUCGACUUUUCUGCAGCGAUGGCGCUUGGUUAGGCACGAUUCCGCGUUGCGUAAAAGUGGAAGAAGCGACACUCAAUAACGUGAAACGUUGCAAUCAGGAUCGAGGCGGGUGCGAGCAUGUGUGUGAAGACACUCAAACAGGCGUGAACUGCUCGUGUUUCGACGGAUUCCGCGUCAAAGGAUCUUCCUGCAUAGACAUAGACGAAUGCGCUGAAAGUACAGCUGGUUGCGCUCAAAUUUGUCACAACGAUCCUGGUUCCUUCCAUUGUGAAUGCCAUUCCGGUUAUCAAUUGGGAACCGAUGGUAAAUCGUGUCUGGACGUUAACGAGUGCCUGGUGAAUAACGGGCACGGGCCGUGCCAAGGCGGUUGCAUCAAUCUCGAAGGGAGCUACGAGUGCAACUGUUCCGAUAUCCCCGGCCACAAAUUGGCCGCGGAUAAUCACACCUGCGAGGAUAUCGACGAGUGUUCGACCAACAACGGGGGAUGCUCCCACGUUUGUUUGAACACGCCUGGAAGCGCUUUUUGCCUCUGCCCGGACGGCUUUUAUCUGACCAACGACUGGAAGACUUGCCAAGAUGUGAAUGAAUGCGAGAAUGCAUCCAAGGUUUGCACGAAUAAUACCGAUUGCGAGAACACUGUGGGCUCGUUUAAAUGCGUGAGCAAGCCCCAAAAGAUGACCAAAGUUCUUCAGGAUGAAGAUUACGACGCGGAGGACGACGAGGACGACGACGAUUACGACGAGGAAGAGGGUAUCACGGAAAUUCCAGAAUUUGGCAAGUGCGAGGAUGGUUUCAGAAAGAGCAAAAACGGCGAAUGCAUCGAUAUCGACGAAUGCUCGGACGAAGGGGAGCUUCCAAGCUGCCAGCACGGGUGCGUGAACGAGCCAGGCGGUUACUACUGCACCUGCCAUUUGGGUUUCAAGCUCGGCGAAGACGGCGUGUCGUGCCACGACAUCGACGAGUGCGAAGAUGGAUCGAGACCUUGCUCCCACGGCUGCAACAACACCGAGGGCUCGUUCGAGUGCACCUGUCCGACGGGGUUCACCCUGAAGGAGGACAAUCUCACCUGUGCGCGGGCGAGGAGUUGCGAGACACUGUCGACUCCCUGCUCUCACGAGUGCCGAGAGUCGGAGGAUGGGCCGAUAUGCGUCUGCCCGCUGGGUUAUCGCGUCCACGAGGACGAGGUGAGCUGCGUGGACACGGACGAGUGCGCUGUGAACCCGUGCUCUCACUCCUGCGUGAAUUUCGAGGGUGGAUUCGCGUGCACCUGCCCCCAAGGUUUCCAAACAUUGGAGCACGACAAGUACAAUUGCACGGACGUGGACGAGUGCGCCAACAACGUUCACGAUUGCGAGCACGAGUGCGUCAACGUUCAAGGGGGUUACACGUGCAAUUGUCGAUCCGGGUUCGCUUUGAACGACGACAACAGGACUUGUUCCGACGUGGACGAGUGUCUGGACGGUGUUCACAGAUGCGAGCAGAUCUGCGUCAAUUCCAUAGGGAAUUACACUUGCUCUUGUCGGGAAGGUUAUCGGAUCUCGAAGGAAGGUUUCCUCGAUUGCGUGGACAUAAACGAAUGCGACGAGGGUGGGCACGGUUGCUCGCACGAGUGCUCGAACGAGGAGGGCGGAUUCAAAUGCGGUUGCCCGCCGGGUUACCUGUUGGGCAACGAUUCGAGGAUCUGCCAGGACGCGAACGAGUGCCUGGAAGGGACUCACCAAUGCUCCCACGAGUGCGUCAACCUUCAAGGCUCGUACGCGUGCACCUGUCCCCUCGGCAUGACCGUGUCCGAGGACAAGAGGUUGUGCGUCCCCCUCGACCCCUGCCGUUUCGCCAAUUGUUCCCACACGUGCGAGAGGCGUCGAGAUACGUUCGAAUGCGGUUGCCCCGACGGUUUCGUCCUCCACGAGGACGGGAAGACUUGCCAGGAUUUCGACGAGUGCCUGGAGAACGAGCACGAUUGCUCCCACGAAUGCGCCAACACGUUGGGAAGCUACGAGUGCCUCUGCCCCGACGGUCUCACGCUUCUCCAAGACGGCCUCACCUGCGAGGAUCCCUCGUGCCCCGAGGGAUUGCGGCAGGACGAUGAAGGCGGGUGUCGGGACAUCGACGAGUGCCUGGAGCGGAAUCACGAGUGCUCCCACAUCUGCGUCAACGAGCACGCCACCUACCGUUGCUCCUGCCUCUCCGGAUGGACCUUGUCCGACGACGGCGUCACCUGCGUCCUCUCGGACCCCUGCGCCAACUCCUCCUGCUCCCACAUCUGCCUCUCCUACGCCUCGACCCCCGUCUGCGACUGCCCCCCGGGAUACGAGUUGGCCGCGGACGCCGCCACCUGCGAGGACGUGGACGAGUGUCGGGACGGGUCGGCCAAUUGCAGUUUCUCGUGCACCAACACCGACGGAUCCUACGCUUGCGACUGUCCCCAAGGAUUCAUCCUCGGCGAGGACGGUCGAAGCUGCGUCGACGUGGACGAAUGCGCGCGACGAGAUCACGAUUGUCCCCGAGAAUGCGUGAAUCUCGAGGGCACGUACGAGUGCGUGUGCCCUAUUGGAUACGCAUUCUCGAAAACGGAACUCGCCUGCGUGGACGUGGACGAGUGCGGGACGGGGCAACACGCGUGCUCCCACGCGUGCACCAACACACCAGGCGGAUACAACUGCACUUGCCCGAUCGGGUGGAGGCUGAGAGAGGACUCGCGAAACUGUUUUCCACCAUCCGCCGUCCAUCGCAAUUGCUCGCACGCGUACGAGCGAGACGGCGAGGAGACCCGUUGCGGCUGUCCCGAGGGGUUCGAGCUCCAGGACGACGAGGCCACUUGCGGCGACGUCGACGAGUGCGCCGAGCACCCUCCUCCUUGCCCCUACCGUUGCGUCAACACCAAAGGAUCCUACCGCUGCGAGUGCCCUCCAGGUCUACGGCUCAGGCAGGAUCGAACGACCUGCCAGGACAUCGACGAGUGCGUCGAGAACAACAACGGCGGCUGCUCCCACGAUUGCGCCAAUACCCAGGGCAGCUUCCACUGCGUUUGUCCUCGAGGAUACGAGUUGAUCGAGGACGGCAAGACUUGUGCAGACGUGGACGAGUGCGCAGUAAAUGACAACGGGGGUUGCUCCCACGAUUGCACCAAUACCCAGGGCAGCUUCCACUGCGUUUGUCCUCGAGGCUACGAGUUGAUCGAGGACGGCAAGACGUGUGCAGACGUGGACGAGUGCGCAGUGAAUGACAACGGCUGUUCUCACGAUUGCACCAAUACUGAAGGUAGCUUCUAUUGUAUUUGUCCUCGAGGGUACGAGUUGAUCGAGGACGGGAAGACGUGUGCAGACGUGGACGAGUGCACGAGGAAAGACGUCCACGGGUGUUCCCAUCGGUGCGAAAAUUUGGACGGUGGAUACGUUUGCUCGUGUCCGGACGGGUGGAUCGUUGGACGGGACAACAGGACGUGCACGAUGGCGUGCGAGGCGGCGCCACACAAUUGCAGCCACACGUGCGUCAACGUGCGGGGUGGUUACGAAUGCGAGUGUCCCGCAGGCUGGGAAUUGAGCUCGGACGGUCGGACGUGCGAGGAAGUUGAUUUCUGCGCGGGCGGACACGGGUGCUCGCACGAGUGUGCGAGAGUGGCGGGUGGCGGGUUUCAGUGCCGUUGCCCGGCCGGCUAUGUUUUGUCCGAGGAUAACAGGAGCUGUCUGGACAGGAACGAGUGCGAGGAGGGUAACGGUGGGUGCUCCCAUUCCUGCGUCAACACGGACGGAAGCUACGAGUGCGGGUGCCCGAACGGAUAUCGACUGGCGGCCGAUCGAAACACCUGCGAGGACGUGAACGAGUGCAUCGAGGACAACGGUGGAUGCUCCCAUCUGUGCGCCAACAUCGAGGGUGGCGUCGAGUGCGCCUGCCCCGACAAUUACAAAUUGCUCGAGGACGACGGCAAGACUUGCGUAGAGAUCGACGAGUGUUUGAUCGACAACGGCGGUUGCACGCAUUUGUGCCAUUACGAGAACGGCACCGUCUCCUGUUUCUGCCCGCCAGGCAUGAUUCUGGCCGACGACAACGCCACCUGCGCGGAGGAGAACAAGUGUUACGCGGACAACGGUGGCUGCUCCCAUUAUUGCAGCUACGAGGAUGGCCGGGUCGCUUGCUCCUGCCCAACCGACCUCGUAUUGUCCGAGAACGGAACCGUUUGCGUGGAGGAGAACGGAUGUUCGUCGGGGAACGGCGGCUGUUCCCACGAUUGCCGUUACGAGGGAGGCGAGACGUUUUGCCUGUGCCCGGACGACAUGAUCCUCGCGGACGACGACAAGCUUCGUUGCGUAUACGCGAACAAAUGCUUCGUGGACAACGGGGGCUGUUCCGAUAUCUGCUCCUUCUCGAACGGGUCCGUCGCGUGCGAGUGCCCGUCCGGGUUCAAACUGUCGGAGGGCGAUAACGCCACCUGCGUGGACGUGGACGAGUGUUCGGAAUUGUUGGACAAUUGCACGCACCGGUGCACGAACACGGAGGGCGGGUUCGAGUGCGGGUGCAACGAGGGGUUCAAAGUGAGCCCGGUCGAGCCCGCCUUCUGCGACGACGUGGACGAGUGCGAGGAUGCUCGCGGCGCGGGAUGCUCCCACGCGUGCGCCAACCUGGUAGGAUCGUUUCACUGUACCUGUCCAACCGGAUACGUGUUGGAGAAUGACAAUAAAACUUGCAGGUUGGUCGACGGCUGCAAGCGGAACAACGGAAACUGUUCUCACCAUUGCCACCACGUGGAGGAGGGUGGCGAGGUGGUGCACUGCUCCUGCCCGUUGGGAUUCAGGUUGAAACAGGAUCAGAGAACUUGCGAGGAUAUCGACGAGUGCGAGGAGUUCGAGAACGACGUGGAUCUCGGCUGUUCCCACAUCUGCGUCAACACCGAAGGGGGAUAUUACUGCGAGUGCCCCUCCGGCUACAUCCUGUUGCCCGAGAACAAGAAAAAUUGCAUCGACAUGAACGAGUGUCUGAACGAUCGACACAAUUGCAGCCACGACUGCUUGAACCUGUUGGGCAGCUACGUGUGCACCUGUUACCAGGGCCACUACCUCCAUUCCGACAAAUCCACCUGCCUCGACAUAGACGAGUGCCUGGAGAGGAACGGCGGCUGCUCUCAUCAAUGCACCAACACUAUUGGCGGCCAUUUCUGCUCCUGCCCCACCGGUUACGAGCUCUCCCAGGACGAGAAAACCUGCAUCGACGUGGACGAGUGUAAAACGGAUCUCGCCGAUUGCCCCCACGAAUGCGUAAACACGUUGGGCUCGUGGACGUGUACCUGCCCGGACGGCCACGCGCUUGCCAACGAUUCCAAGACCUGCGUGGACGUGGACGAGUGCAAGGUGGACAACGGCGGCUGCUCCCACGCGUGUCUCAACGUCGUAGGCGGCGUCAGGUGCAAUUGUCCCAUAGGAUUGCGGCUGGACGACGAUGGCAAAACGUGCAACGACGUGGACGAGUGCUCCACGGACAACGGCGGUUGCUCGGACGUGUGCGUCAAUUUCGUGGGCAGCUACUCGUGCCGAUGUGUCAACGCAGGUCUCCACCUGCACACCGACGCCAAGACUUGCCUGGACGUGAACGAGUGCGAGAUGGAGAACGGGGGAUGCUCCGACAAUUGCAUCAACGUGCGUGGCAGUUAUCGUUGCGAGUGCCCUGCCGGCUUUCGAUUGAAGAACGACCAAAGAACCUGCGACGACGUGAACGAGUGCGACCACGACAACGGUGGCUGCUCCCACGAAUGCGUGAACGAACUCGGCGGUUAUCGCUGCGUUUGCCCGCCCGGCCACGAAUUAAGGAACAAAUCGAAGUGCCAUCCCAUGGAUCCGUGCGCCAACGACAACGGGGGAUGCGAGCAGACUUGCACCGCGAGGAAUGGGACGGUUGCGUGCGGUUGCAAAGAAGGGUUCCGCCUCGACGAGAACGAGGAUCCACCGAGGUGCAGAGAUAUCGACGAGUGCGCCGGCUCGCAACACGGCUGCGAUCAGUUGUGCGUGAACACCGUUGGAUCGUUCCAGUGCUCGUGCAAGCAGGGAUUCGAGAUGCAGAAUUCUACCUGUGUCGAUAUCGACGAGUGCGCCACAAUGGAUUGUAAAGGGUACGAGUGUAUCAAUUCUUACGGCAGUUAUCGCUGCGAAUGUGACAUUGGUCAUCGAUUGGAGGGCGAUCAUUGCGUAGAUAUAAAUGAAUGCGCGUGGAACAACGGCGGAUGUGAGCAUGACUGCAUUAAUACAGUCGGUUCCUAUGUAUGCGCUUGUCGACCUGGCUAUAUACCAAGACGAAGAAAUAGAAACCAGUGCCAAGAUAUAAACGAGUGCUUGAACCAUAACGGGGGUUGCAACGGUGGAUGCGUUAACACAGCCGGAAGUUACUACUGCACGUGCAAUGGCGACCUCGUGUUGGCUUCCGACGAGAGAACUUGCAUUUCAGCGGAAUCGAGAUGCCGUGCUAUGGAACCACCCCUGCAUGCAGAAAUCAGAUGUCCAGGUCAUUCUUCCGGGGCAAUGGAUUAUCCUGUUGGAGCCAGAUGUCAUAUACAAUGUCGAAGAGGUUUCAGGCUGGAGGGGCCGCACACGAGAUACUGCAUGGCCGGGGAUCAAUGGAAUGGGAAGGAACCGACUUGCAUUCAAGCAUCGAUCGUGACCGAUUCCCGUUACCAUUCAGACAUGCCACGACCGUUCGUCAGGUGUCCCCGAGACAUGGACGUGGAGCUACCCGCAAGGCAGAACACGAUACGCGUCUCCUUCCCUCAGCCCAAGUCCAACAUGAACUGGUGGAGGUACGUGGACGCUUCGCCAUCAUGGGCCAAGCAAUUGCAAGCGGAUUUGCCAGCGGGCACCACGGUCGUCACUUUCACGGCAUGGUCGCCCGUUUCGAAUUAUACCAGCACGUGCAGGAUAGUGAUCCGUGUUCGAGAUACCGAGAAUCCAAAAGUUUCGACGUGCCCGACAUCCUUUGAAGUGCGGCUAAGCCCUGGCGAGCGGAAUCGCUUAAUAUUCUGGCAGGAGCCAACGUUCACCGACAACGUCGGCGUCGAGCGGGUCUACAAAACGAGGGAACCCGGACAACUGAUGUACCCCGGCAUUCACAACGUGCGCUACAUCGCUUCCGAUGCAGCCGGAAAUCGAGCCGAAUGCCAUUUCUCGAUACACGUACGAGAAUCCGAGCAUCGUCGAGAUUCCGAGCCGCGAUACUACAGAAGAAGGAUGCUCAUGUGUCCCGGAAGAUCGCCCCAGCCGAUACCUUCCACCGCUUACGGGUGGCAGAUACCGAGCGGAUGUUACCUCAGAUACACGAGGAUCUUCUCCGGGGCGUAUGCCGUUCAGAAUUAUCGGGGGCAGAGGCAGAAUGGUUAUCAGGAGGCGAGGGCGGCUUAUCAUCAAGUUCAUCCUGUUCACGGGGGCCAAGGGCAAACUCAACUACACUCCACAUCAUAUCCUCUUGGAGACUAUCAGCACUCGAGACAGUAUCAGCUCCAACAGCUGCGCGAGCAACAACAGCGACGUUCCUCGAGGACCGAGCAAUCUUCACCGAUGGCUCAUUACGGUAGAGGCCGUGUCGAGACGAGAAUAUUGCCGCGGCGUAAAUGCUGCGUGUAAAAGAAUCGGCCACCGAUUGUUCUUCCACCCAACGAGGGCCGCGAUAAAGCCGAAAGUAAUUUAACUAUUGAGGAGGAGAGCGGUCUGCGGCUCGCGCAUAAAUUAUGUCAAGGGCUCCUCACGUCGAAAGAAGUGGGGGGAUAAGGAGGAAAUGAGAAGGUGGAGUGGAGGCGUUACAAACUUCGUUCCUCGCUUUUAAUUAAGUCUAAUUAAAAAUCGGAUCGAUUCCGUACCAUCAUUUCCUUCUUUCGCCUCGAAACGAAUGAUGAUCCUCGAGUGAUGAUCGAUCAUCUCUGAUGAUUUUUUUUCAACCCUUUGCGCAGUUCAACCAACGCGAAUUUCAAAUAAAGAUUCGAAUUUAAGGGGAUCGAAGCGUUCAAUUGAUUGGUGAUAGAAGAUGGUCUAUGUUUUUUUUUUUUUUUCUAUUAAUAAUUGGAUUAUUUAAAAAAUUGUGGAAUCCAAAAAAAUCAGCUUAUUUCCAUUCCAAUUUUGUAAAAGAGAUAUCUGCUACGAGUUACUUGUAAUUAACUUUGUACGGACUAAUGCUCUUAACCUACUUUUCUGACAAUCGUGAACUCGAAAGUUAAUUAACUUUAUAUUAUUUUUUAUUCUUGUAUUUUAACUUUGAAACGAUUAAAAUCAAUUACACUUCUCAAACUGCUUUUAAGCAAAAUUUCUAUUCCGUUUUUAAUCGUGACGUGUAUUUCAUUCUGUUGUAUUGUUGCAACUCUUAAAUUAUAUGCAAUUUCCAAUUUAAUUCUCCGAUAUUUAAUUUCAUUAAGUAACGAAUAUUCGUAUCAUCUUUCAUCGCCAAUAAAUUAUAAACUUUUUUUCUUUACUUUUUUUUGCGAAUUCUUGAUAAUAAUAAUAAUUAUUGACAUCACAAGUUCAAAGAGAUUCAUCUACAAAGACUACGAAUUUCAAAAUAUUAUAUGAAAAAUAUAUUUGUACAUUCUUUUUUCUUUUUAUAAUUAUACUUACUAUUAUACUUACUUCAACUUGACCGAGCAAAGUGAAAUUUUUUUUGAAGAAAGUAAAAUCAAAGAAUGAAAGAAAACAAGUAAAAAAAUUUAUGAAAUAUCCUAAUUUGUAAUGUUUAUGAUCUCUAUUAUAGCCAAUUAAAUCAACGAAGAGAAGCUAAGUGCCUUAAAUUGAAACUAUUUACGUGCCUUAACCAAAAAUUCUUCCAAAGUCCUAUUAUAUGAGAUCAUGAAGAUUAGUCGUAAAAUAAUUUCAUUAAAAAUUUAACUUUAAUUCAAUAAUUCUCAUAACUAAAUGCUCUAACAUUUCUAGAAAUCAGAGGAAAAAGCUUGAAUCAUUUUUUUUCCUUUUGAUUUGUUAUUCUUUAUUAUUUUUCUUCAUUAAAUAUUGAAAAAUAUGUCUGUACACUUUUUUGAAAUCAAUAUGUAUCAUCUACAUAAUAAUUAAUUAAAUAGUCCAAAUAGAAUACUACUAGAUUACUAUAAUCUCUAUUAAAAUAUACAUAGAAGAAAAAUUUUAAAAAUUUUUCAAAAUGAAUAUCUCUUUGUGUAUUUUAUCAUUUAUAUGCUUGGCCAUAUUCAUUAAAAAAUUUCAGUUUUGCUGGGUCAAGCUUAAUUACCUUAAAAGAAACAUCGCCAUCCAGCACUGCCUUUUUCAUAGUAUAAUUAAUGAUAAGUUUUUAAAAAAAUUAGAAAAGAGAGAGAGAAAGAGAGAGAAAAAAAGAGAGAGCUCAGAAGAGGAAUUCGGGUAUUUUUUUUUACUAAGUAUUUUUUUUUUUUUUUUAAUCUUAUUCUUUGUAAUAUACAUAUUAUAUACAUACAUGUAUUCGAUACAUAAAUUUUAUACAUUUAUUUUAUUGUAAUGUUACGAUGGUAAUCAAACGUUAUUCCUUAACAAUGAUAUGCGAGUGGCAUGGAGGGGUAUUAAUAAAUAAUAAACGAAUGUUCGCUUACAUUCAAUCGUUCUUCUAUUUUUCCAUUUUCUUUUUCAAUUAUAAUCCUUAAACUCUAACAGUUUAUUUAUUUAUUUCUUUUUUUUUAUUGGCAAUUUCCGUUCCAUCGACGUCGUCGAUCACGGAGCAUACCCUCGUUUAAAAAAAGGAAACAAAGAACGCACACAUCGAGCAGAAACUGCAACUUAGAUUGCUAUGAAGAGGAACAUUUGGUACAGUGCUACUCGAUGAUUUAUCGAUUUUGUUGAGGAGAGGUAAUAUAGAUUUCUUUUUCCCUUUUUUUUUUUUUUUUAAAGUACAUUCCUUGUAUUUUACAACUUUAAAAAUUUCUUGAUCGAUUAAAUUGCUUUAUAAAUUUUAUUAUUAGCGAUAAAAUAUCGAUCUGUUUCUUCGUUAAUUUUUCGAUCGAAUAACACUUUGUUAUUGCUCUAUCAAUUUUCGAUUGAAGAGAAUUCUAGAAACAACCCUCUUCCUCCAUCAACAUCCUCAAAGGACAAAGCUUUCAAUUCAAAGUUUAAUCGUUUAUCUAAUUUUCCAAGCAAAAUUGCAAGAAUACAAACUCGCGUUGAACAUCAACAACGCGAUAUUCCAUUCUUCGACCAAUUAACGCUAGCAAUUACAACCUUUUUAUCAAGAGCUUUUUUCUUUUUUUUUUUUUUUUCGAUCAUAUCGUGCAACACACGUCGAAGGAAAUUACACACGUUGCCUGGUAUCCUUACAGUCUAACAAAUUUAUCGAGCUAUUCGUUUAAUAACCGUGUAUGGGUCGACAAUAGACGAGGUCUAAUGCAGUCAAUAUCCCUGUGUUAAUGAUGGCCAAUUAUUCCAUCGGCUAUACGCGAGUGGUACAGCACCUCCUAUGGAAAGUAGAAAGAGAUUGCGUAACAGGAAUAGCGUAACAUCUAGGAACACCGUGAUCACGUCAUUAAUGAGGCAAUGCGAUAUUUAUGCGAGGUGUGAAAUGCAAAUGAAAUAUUUACUGUAGAAUGAUAGAUGGAGAUUUUUAUGUAUAUUACUAAGAGAGAAACGUGCGAUUUGAAUUGUUACGUGCAUUAAGUAAAAAAAUCUUAUCGUAUUUUUGCAUUAUUUUUCUCUUAUUUUCUUCGAAGAGAUCAUCUCUUUUAUCGUUCUGAUUUCAUAAAUCGUGAACGAUAAAAUAAUUUAAAAAAAAAUAAUUUAGAUAAAAGUUAAAUUGUUUUUUUUUCUUUUUUUUUUUAGGGAACAAGGUGUUUUAUAAAUGAUCGAAUUAUCGUAAUCAAUAAGAGAUAUGUCAAGAUUGCAUUACAAAUGAAUUUUUAUCAUAGAAUUUUAUUUCUCAAAAGAAUAAAAUGGCCGAUUGCUUGAAAUAUAUUUAUUUUAUUUUAAAAUAAAAUAUUAUUAGAUAGAAGAAAAAAAUAAAAUCUGUUAACGUUUCCUUAUAAAAAUCUCCACGUGUAUAUUCUUACCUCAUAUUCAUUCCUUCACCAUUAAUAAUUAAAUAUAAGAAAAGAAUACUUCAGAACAACUUCCUACAUAAUAUAAUCAUCAUUCUAUAAAAAUUAUUCUUAACGAUUCUAUGACAAACAAUAAGUCACUUCAUCGUCUAACGACAAUUUUACCUUGUCUAAUCGAUUUCUUCCAACAAAUUAUACUUCGACUAUAAAAGUAAACGUCGAAUAAAACAAAAACGAAGGGGGGGAAGAAAAAACAAGAA